GUGGCUAACGAGUCUGUUUGUUUACAGAAGGCAGGUUGACGAACAGCUCGCAGGAUGUCUAAAUUGGAGCGCCUGAACGCUCGUGUGGCCAAACUGCUGACUGAAGCUGUGAAUGAGGUUCUGGAUGUGGUGAAGGAGACCGUAUCGGAGUACCAGCAAAAAACAGCCAGAACGCAGAGAGAGAACGAGAGUCUGAAAAGAAGACUGCGUGAGCUUCAGGAAAGCACACCCAAAGAAGGCACAGCUGUUUUGCCUACAACUGACUUUCCAUAUGCUGGAACGGAUGACGCAGCACACCAAAACCAGGAUUCAGCCCUGUUUCUGAUGCAUAAUCCAAAUGUUGCUCACACAAAGCAAAGGCUGAUGAUCAGCAACAAACAUAACGAGAUGAAGAUGGAACCUGAAGAACAACAGCAGUACAACACUGGUCAGUCUGGAAUUGGGCAUCUCAAAGUACAACCACAGGUGGCAACUAAAAGAAGUGAGAAUGCAGAGAGUGUCCAAACAGCACUUUCUGCUGAUGGGGACACAGGUGCAGUGUCCCUGAGCAGUGGGUGCACCUCUUACCCCAGCUCCCUGCUCAGCAUCAACGUCAUCAAAAGCGAAGCCGAACAAUCAGAGUGCACAACAUCAGAGCAGCUCCCUCCCCAAGAACAAUGUACUGGACGUGUGGAUUUAAGCUUGGGGUCUAAUUUUCACAUCUCUUCCAAGACCCACAGACCACAUGGUGGCACAGAACCUUCUGGACUUGUCUUUGUUAAUGCUGAUCAUACUGCACACAGGAGCCAGGGGUACACUAAAACCAAAAGUAGCAGGUUUCACCAAAAACUAAUUGUGACAGAGCGUCUAGAGAGAGGCAGCCUACACCCUUGUGUUGUAUGCGGGAAAAUGUUCAGGAGCCUCUACCACUUAAGAAUACACCAUCGCUGUCACACAGGAGAAAAGCCGUACAGCUGCAUGCAAUGUGGGAUGCGUUUCAGGCUGGCAGGAGAUAAAAGUAAACACAAGAGGGUCCACACGGGGGAGAAACCGUACAGAUGUAACCAGUGCGGAAAGAACUUCAGUCGAGGGGAGAAUCUCAAAAGACAUCAGAGGAUCCACACUGGGAAGACGUUGCAGUUUCAGGGAGCAGCUGUAAGGUUUUCUGGAUCGAACAGCAUGAUUACCUAA